AUGAGGAAGGCAACGGGAAACCACCUCAUAAACGUAUUCCCUAGUAAAUCACCAUCAAAUAAAAAUAAAAAAUUAGCAGUCGCAACAUGGAAUGUAAGAAGUUUAGCCAUGCCGGGAAAAUUGGAAAAUUUGGAAAAAGAGAAAAAAAGGUUAAACCUGGACAUCAUAGGUAUCAGCGAAACGAAUAUGAUUGGCAACGAUGAACGUGAAACGGAAGAAAAUUAUUUGUUCUACUCGGGUCCGGAUGCAAAUCAUCCAAAACGAAACGGUGUGGGAUUUCUAAUUAGCAAACACUUAAAGGGUCACGUUAAUUGUAUAAUCCCAAAAUCGGAUAGAGUAAUUUUUAUGCAGCUAAAAACAAAAAAAGGAAAUAUUAAUUUUAUUCAAGUCUACGCUCCCACUGCAGAAAAGGACGAUGAAGAGGUUGAAAAAUUCUAUGAAGAAAUUAAGGUAUUAUUAAAAAAUGCAAGUAAAGAAGAUUGUUUAGUUGUUUUAGGUGACUUCAACGCGAAAGUCGGUAAUGAAGAAGUGAAUAACGUAGCAGGCAAAUAUGGGUUAUGUCAGCGAAAUAUGAGAGGAUCAAAAUUGAUUGACUUUUGCAUUGAAUUUGGGCGAAGAAAUUGCGUUUAA